UAUAAAGGUACCUGGAGCUCUUCCCUUCUCCACACAGCAGCAGCUUCCCUCCUGAACAGAAGAAUCUCUGAACCCUGAGCUCACUCCUACCAAGACAUGGCCUCUCGACUUGCUGCAGCUCUGCUCCUGCUGGGCCUCAUCUGCACCGGGCUUUCACGAGCUGAAGUUGCGGUGGAUUGUUGUCUGAGCACCACGGACAAGUUCUUCCCGCUGAUAAGGAUUUCAACCUACAAGCUGCAGAUAGCCGGGGAGGGCUGUGACAUCAGUGCUACUGUGUUCAUUACAAAGACUGCAAACACCAUCUGCAUCGUCCACCCCAGUGAGUCACAGAAGAAGAACAAGUGGGUGAAAGCUCACAUUAAACAUCUGGAUAACAACAGAAAGGCACAGAAGUAAUGAGGCAUGUGGAGAAGUGGACUCUGGGAAAAAGAUGAGAACUGAAGAACAAGAUUAAUUUCCAUCUCUGUUCGCAGCCUGGAGGAUAUUUAUUAGAGCUUUGUUUUCUGUGAAGCUGUAAAUUGUCCCGCUGCAGCUCAUGUGCUCACCAAUCUCUCGAAAUCACAUUGGGGUUAAUUUAUUUCUAAGUUAACUAAUAUUUGUUUAUCUUUUGUAACAACAAUGGCUAAAAUACUUUUAUUAGAGUUCUGUAAAUCAUGCUGCGACCCCGCUCUCAGUGUCUCUCGUCCUCCUGGGGGGUCUCGACCCCUAGAUUGGGAAACCACUGCACUAGACGAGCAGAACAGCUGGAGGAGAUCCGACAGAAUAUUGUUCAGUCAUAUUAAUGUUGAUGUUUUGUGUGAGCCUCCAUGACAUUGACUCCAGACACUGGUUUAUUGUACAGUUGUGUUUCUUCUCUGUAAAACUCAUUUCAUUCCCAUAUGAAAGUAGAAAGUUACGUUAUUUGCUGUUUGAGAAAUAACUUGUACAAAGUAUUGUGAAGAUUUUUGUGUUGUAUUAUUAUUUUACAAUAAAGUUUGGUAUCAAUCUCCAA